AAGGAGACCAAGUCCUGUUAUCUUUGAAAAAUAUCAACGACCCUGUCGAUCGAAACCGACCCACAAGGAAGUUGACGCCAAGAUUUGCCGGACCCUAUACCAUCUCCAAAGUAAUCUCCGAAACUGCGUACAAGUUGGAAUUGCCACCUGCCAUGAAAAUUCAUCCU